CGUGGUCCUGGACGGUCGGGCUGAUCUGCGAGCGCACCUACCCCAGGAUCCAGUCCACGUUCGUUGGUUGGCAUUGGUGAGCUCGCGAUCGCCUCCUGGAUUGCUUGGCUUGUCGCCAAAUUUAGUCGCCAUUUACCUACCGUAUCCCAUCUCAUUCUCGUCUCACCAGUAUAUAUCUCGCGGCUCGAGCCCCUACCCGCCGCGCACCUCACUUGAUCACGUCGAAGCAAGGUCUCUCUCCAUCGGCUGCCUCCGCGCCCUGCGUAGCUGUGCGUGAACCGGCGGCCGGAGAUGGGCGCGGUGGAGGAGCUCGUGGCGAGAGCGGGCGGGUGCGCGGUGAUCGACGGCGGCUUCGCCACGCAGCUGGAGGCGCUCGGCGCCGACAUCAACGACCCGCUCUGGAGCGCUGCAUGCCUCAUCGCCAGGCCGCUCCUCGUCAAGGAGGUUCAUUUGCAGUACCUUGAAGCCGGUGCUGACGUCAUCAUUUCAUCAUCCUACCAGGCAACGAUCCCGGGGUUCCUAGCCAGAGGAAUGUCUCUGGAUGAGGCUGAAGACUUGCUGCGAACAAGUGUAAAACUGGCCCUGGAAGCACGGGACGAAUUCUGGAAGUCCACACUGAGGAAGUCGAAGCCUAUUUACAACCGUGCCCUAGUCGCUGCAUCCAUUGGAAGCUAUGGAGCAUAUCUCGCUGAUGGAUCAGAGUACAGUGGAUCAUAUGGAGCUGACAUCACAGUUAAAAAACUGAAGGACUUCCACAGGCGCCGGCUGCAGGUCCUUGCAGGUGCCGGCCCUGACCUGAUUGCAUUUGAAGCCAUUCCUAACAAAAUGGAGGCACAGGCAUUGGUUGAGCUUCUAGACGAGGAGAGCAUCCAGGUCCCAUCUUGGAUCUGCUUCAGCUCCGUGGACGGCAAGCACCUGUGCUCUGGGGAAAGCUUCGCAGGCUGCCUUCAGAUUCUGAACGCGAGCGAGAAGGUUGCUGUUGUAGGAGUGAACUGCACGCCGCCUCAAUUCAUCGAAGGCAUCAUAGGCGAAUUCAGGAAGCAAACAAAGAAGGCGAUUGCUGUCUACCCGAACAGUGGCGAGGUUUGGGACGGGAGAGCAAAGAGGUGGCUGCCGGCCGAGUGUUUGGGUCACAAGAGCUUCGACGCGCUCGCGAAGAGAUGGCAGGAGGCCGGGGCGAGCCUCAUCGGAGGAUGCUGCCGGACCACGCCUUCGACUAUUCGGGCCGUUUCCAAGAUCCUCAAGGGCAGGGCAGGGCACUGAUUUCUUCAGAAUAGAUAUACUACGCUAUGCUGCCGGAAUAAAAUUCAAAAUAUAAAUUUCUGCAGUUAUCUUCUCCCCCCAUUCAAUUUUGAGCUCAUCGCGUGAACGUUUAAAUAUAAUUUGGCAGUGCAAAACGUAAACGGUUUGUACUGUUGACGAGUAGUGUUUACCCACAGAUCUAGGUACGGUCGUAACAGAGUUGAUGUUUUUUUUUUUGAGUAAAAGAGUUGAUGUUGUUUGGAUAAUGGAUAUGGCGCUCUCCUCACCAAAUUAAGAUUAUCAGACUGCCAGAAUCUUUUGUCCAACUAACUAUUCUUUUUAUAAAAAUGCUCAACCUGUA